AUUCAAGUGAUACUAUUAUGCUACCUUCAAGAACUUCAUAGCAGUUAAAUAUGGCGCUUUCAGGACAUGCUAUGAUACUGCAACCCCUACGGUCGAAACCAACGAGUCACCGUCACCGCCUCCCACUAUUCCCAAUACUGGAAAUGCGCAGGACAGAGGCAAAAGGACAUCUUCCACAAGCAUUCAAGGGAAAAGGGAUCAAGAAAAACAAACCUUUGAACUUGCUGGUUAGUAGGGCCGCCAUUGGCAGCAGCGGAGGUUCAGAUUCUUCAUUGCAGAUAAUCAAGGAGUUAUAUUCCAGCAUCAAUAAAAAGGACAUGAAGAGCCUUGGAGCGCUUUUAUCUCAAGAUUGUUUCGUCGAUGACUUCUCCUUCCCUCAGCCAUUCGAAGGGAAGAAGGAAGCUUUAUGCUUUUUUGAAGAGUUGAUCAUAUCCAUGGGUCAGAACACAGAAUUCGUUAUAGAGCAUAUUUGUGGAGGUGUCGACCAAACAGCUGUGGUCAACUGGCAUUUAGAAUGGAAGAAGAAGCAGGUUCCCUUUACUAGAGGAUGCAGCUAUUAUGAAUUAUCAAAAGAAGGAGAACAACUAGUCAUCAAGAAAGCUCAGGUUAUCAUUGAAUCGCCAGUUAAACCAGGAGGCCUAGCACUGACCGUGUUCAAAGGCAUAAAUUUGAUAUUUGAUGCAUUCCCCGGGGCUACAGAGAGGUUCCUAAAUAGCCCUUACGCAAUCUUCCAAAUCUUGUUAAACAUAUACAAGAUAGUUUUAGAACCUAUGAUACGCCCAGUUGUAUCAUGGUACCUCAAACUCAUGAGGCUUACAGCUGCUUUUCUGAGCCUCACAUUCAAAGUAGUGCAAUUAGUGGUGAAGAAUUUCAACAAGUAGUAGAAGAAACCACAAAAGUUUUAUCCAAAUCUUACAUUACUCAUCACACACAACAGU